UCUUGACGGCUUCCGUAGAUCGAGCAAGGACCAAUGAAAAUGGACCUGGGGUUUGCAUCCGCGUUAUGACGUUAAGAGGAACACAAUCAUAAACAAACUAACGAUUUUAAAUGAUAAACACGGCAAUGCAAUUACAUAAAAGACGGGUCGGGUUUGUAAUCGGCAGCGUGGAGUAUGCGUGGGAAAUGCUACAGACUGUAUAAUCGGAUGUUUGUGACGUUGAAAAAUGGUUUGAUUAAUAAGUUAAGGAAUACAGGAAAUACCAGCAGAGAAAUGCCGACACAAAAGAAUAGUUUACAUUGCUGUAGCCUCUGGAACAGUCACAUUAACAGAGAAUCGUUUUAAAUGAGACGUUAUCGCUGUGCUGUCGAGAGAAAUGCUCUUGUGUAAUAAGACAAAACGUUAUUUAUUUUCAACAACUCUGGGAACGCUGUUAGCUUUAACACUAUACCAGUUCAGGAUAUGGUAGGCCUGGGUAAUUUGUGACAUUAAAAGUAUUUUAAAACACAUUCCAUUUCCAGGUUAGCGUAAACUGACAAUUGUUUUUAGUUUUUAUUAAUCCAAGCCUUGACUAGAUAUAAAAACUAUCGCACGUUACUGUAAUGCUAGAAUGUUCAAAAACGUGUUCGGUUCUGGGUUCCUCGUCAGAACCGCUCACACUGUCCUAACUUGGGCAGUCACGUUGGUGCUUUUCUUGCACGACACAGACCUGCGGAAACAGGAGGCGCGCGGGGAGCUGCUGCAGCCCGUGCUGUUUGUCCUGCUGGUGCUGGUCUCGGUGCUGCUGUAUUUCGCAGUCUCCCUGAUGGACCCCGGGUUUGUCUUCUCAGACAGCGACGUCAAGUUCACCCUGGGAGUGAGCGACGAGGAACAAGAGAUGAUCCCUCAGACUCCGAAGGCAAUGAGACAGAGACGCUGCGGGUACUGCCUGCUGCAGCAGCCGAUGCGUGCCAAGCACUGCCCGACCUGCAAGCACUGUGUCCUGCGGUACGACCACCACUGUCCCUGGAUAGAGAACUGCGUGGGGGAGAGAAACCAUCGCUGGUUCAUCAUCUACCUGGGGGUCCAGCUCAUCGCAUUGAUCUGGGGAUUCCACCUGGCCUGGUCGGGGUUCUCUUACGCCCCUACCUGGAAUCUCUGGCUGCAGCAGAACGGCUUCCUGCUGGCUGCCUUCUGUCUGGUGGCCGUGUUCUCCGUGGUGGUCAUCCUGCUGCUCGGCUCCCACCUCUACCUGGUGUCCUGCAACACCACCACCUGGGAGUUCAUGUCCCGCCACCGCAUCUCCUACCUGAAGCACUGCGGGGCCGACGAGAACCCCUUCGACCAGGGCAUCGUCCGCAACCUGUGGAGUUUCUUCUGCCUGUGCCGCACCGUCGCCUGGGAGAAGGUCUACUUCCGAGAGGGCAGCGACCCCGUUUAACCAGCUUCCUUUCAGCCACGAACAAAACCUGGGAGGUGGGGAUCCCUCCCGCACUGCUCCAGCCUCUUAAACUGUACUGGUUUGGGUGUCACUUGACCCACCUUGUCUAAUAUUCUGGGACAUUAUUGUAGAAGCUUGACUGGUUUGAAGAAAUGACCACUGGGUGACAUUGCUUGAGCUGUUAAUUCAGUAGGUGAAUGCAUUCCUCCCAGUGGGGUUUUAGUUAAGGAUACAGGCUUGCAGGGUCUCUGGCAGUUUGGUACUGUGGUGCCUGGUGUAAAACAGGACACAGACAUGUUUUAAAAUUGUUUGCAGCCUUCCUUCAUGUGAACAGCUGGGAUGAGGUGUAAGUCCAGCUCCCUAGUUCAGUUCAGGUAAUAGCUGUGUAUACUGUGUUGUGCAGUUUCAACUACAGGGUAAUGAAUACAAAAGAUGUACUGAACAAUAAGAAAAGUAUUGACAUUUACUCCACAGGACUGUACACCAGGCACAUAAUCUGACUGAAUUGUUAGUUGUUUGUUUUUUUACAAAAAUGAUAUUGCGGACAGGGUUUGUGUAACAAGUGAUUUUUUUUAAAUCUAAAAAGUAAUCUCGUUUUAAAAUGAACAAAUUAAAGCUUUGCAAGAGAUACCUUUUAAACGUCGGACUCAUCAGCUUCAGCUUGCUUUUAUGUUUGCAAUGGGUUUCUUUACUAGAAGUUCUGAAACAGUAUUGUACCUUUUUAUGCAAGCGUAAAACAGCACUUUCCAAAUGAAUACAUUAAAAUGUAAUUGAUGAGUCUCAGAGGAUAAAUCAUAAUAUAUAAAAAAAUGAUGUUAUUGCUGCUCUUUUGUAUAUGUAGCUUGCUAGUUUGUCAGGUGGUAAAAGUUUACAGCACAGUAAUUGUUUGCAGCUUUGCAGGACGGAUUCCUGCAAGUUAUUGUAACCCUUAAAAGAGUUUGAAUGUUCUGUACUGCAGACCAAGGCAGCUGCCGUUGUAGAUGUCUUCUAAAUAGCAGAGUGACAUUUGUCAUGUGAGAAGAUGUAGGGAACUACCAGUGUUCAGUAAACAGCAAUACUCUUAAUGGAAAAAUGUGCAUCUGUUUUUGGGAAACAAAAUUCUUUUUGCAAAAAUGAAUGCAAUUCCUAGGCCAUCUAUUUUUUUGUGGAAGUCUGUUAAUUUGUAAUUGUAAAACGCAUCGAUAAUAAAAUCUGCUCUGGUCCUAAUCA